UACAAUACGCGUUUUUCAGGCGGUUUGAACGCAUCUGUCAGGACCGAGGCGGCUGUUGUUGGCUCAGGGAACACGCGUCUGUUCCCCCUCGGCCGAGUCUCGCAGCGGCUGGUGACGUCAGACCGAUGCGGCGUCACGGCUUUCUGCUGCUGGUGCGCGCGGACAGAAGCCAGCGUUCCGCGAUGCUCUCCGCCCGCGCUGCCGGAGCGGCGCUGCUCGUGUGCGCGUGGGUGCACGCGGGUCGCGCGCUCUACUUCCACAUAGAGGAGACGGAGAGGAGGUGCUUCAUCGAGGAGAUCCCGGACGAGACGAUGGUCAUCGGAAAGUACCGGACUCAGCUGUGGGAAGAGCAGACCAGUUCCUUCCUCCCAGCCACACCUGGUCUUGGGAUGCACGUGGAGAUCAAGGAUCCAGAGACGAAGAUCAUCCUCUCUCGUCAGUAUGGGUCAGAUGGACGCUUCACCUUCACCUCCCACACUCCUGGAGAACAUCAGAUCUGUUUGCACUCCAACUCCACCAAGAUGGCGCUGUUUGCUGUACGAAAACUGAGGGUUCAUCUGGACAUCCAGGUCGGAGAACACACCAACAACUACCCGGAGAUCGCCGCCAAGGACAAACUCACCGAGCUGCAGCUGCGCGUCCGACAGCUGCUGGACCAAGUGGAGCAGAUCCAGAAGGAGCAGAACUACCAGAGGUAUCGGGAGGAGCGGUUCCGCGUGACGAGCGAGAGCACCAACCAGCGCGUGCUGUGGUGGUCCAUCGCCCAGACGCUGAUCCUCCUCGCCACCGGCGCCUGGCAGAUGAAGCACCUCAAAGGCUUCUUCGAGGCCAAGAAGCUGGUGUAAAGUGUGUGCGACGCCAACACGGGCCGACCCCCACCGGGACGGACGGCCCCCCUGGUACCAGCGCCCACGGGGGCACAUACCCGCCCUGCUAGAUGUUAGGCUUCUGUUGUUGUUGUUGUUGUUUAGCGGACACGGCGGUUCUGUUGAAUGUAAGCGUGGUGCUGUUACGCGUUACGAGGGGAACCCUUUCUCCUCGAUGACAUGGAACGUAGUCUACGACCAGCGUAUGAAACAAGGACACAAACUGAUGCACAACAUGGCGACUCCCCUCAGCGUGGCUCCACAUGGAGCAACCUUCAUUUGGGUUCUCAUCAGGAGACCAGAACCCGCUCACUGGGAUUUAGCUCAUUGGGUGAUAAACGCUCAGACAGCACGUUGGUUCUAAGUGAAGCGUCCGUCCGUCCGUCCGUCUGCAGCCAGUUGUUCCAGCACAGAUGUUUGUGUACGUGAGGUCGGCCUGCAGAUCCUGUUCAUUACGCCUCCUGACAGCAUUCUGCUGGAUGCUGGAACAGUGGCUGGACUGUGUUUAUCCCUUUUGCACAGAUUGAAUGUUUUAUCUUGUUGCUAAUUGAUGACUGUGAGUUCUGAUCAGAUUGAUAAUGAGUCCACUCAUCGUUGUUAAUUUAGCCCUCUACGUCUUUUAUUUGCAUUGUGGUUCAGAUGUCAGCUCCUCGUUCUUAAUAAAGACAUUCAGGCCAAAUA